GAUUUCCAUCCACCUUCCCCAAGUCUACAUCACAAGUCCCCGGGACUUCGAAAGCACGUCUGCACAUCUGCACUUACAGUAUCCAGGACUCUGCGCGCUUGAGAGCAACACAAGCAACACCUUCAGCUACGUGGUCGGCUGGCAUCCACUUCAGGUAUCUGUUCUGCACUCCCACCAGAGCUCAGCACAGCCGUUCAUAAGCCCCAGCACAUCCCCCAUCGGGCAUUUCACCGUCAAACUACAGCCAUGAGUGCAUUCCUGCACGGAAUGAUGACUGGUGCAGGCGCCAAUGCCGCCAAUGGUGCUGAAGACGACGAAAUGCUCGUUUGCACGACAUGCAAGCUUAGCAAACCCAAGUCGGACUUCAUGAAAAACGGCAGAGUGAUGAAGACCUGCUCCGCUCACCGUGUCAGCAAGGAUGCAAACUCGACUUGGGCCGAACUUGUCCGUGCCAUCAAAAGCGCCAAGGCGAAAGGCAAGCCACUGGAGCUGAAGAAGUUUAUUAUGCCUUUCGAGGAGUUCCAGCCAAUGAGCCUGGUCACCGGCAAGGACGACACGCGCAACCGUUCCCGUGCAUGCAAGCGCAUGCUGCAGGAGCUGCACAGGCUCACGGGCUACCGCUGGUGCUUCCGCAACACGUGGCGUUUGCAGGACAGCUGGGUCGCCAAGUGUUCGUGCGCGCAAGACACCAGCUGGGGAGAGUUGAACGUCUUCAAGCCCAAGGCCGUCACAAAGAUGGGCGACGACAACAAGGUCACUUGCAACUCGAGCUUGACCAUUCGCAUCUACUUUGCUAGCCGCAACUUUGAACUUGAGCUUGCCCACAGCGAAUGGCACAAGUCGGCCAUUGCCCCGCCCCCCGCUGGCGGCAAGAAGGGCAAGGGCAAGUCUUCCGCUAAGUCUGGUGGCGACGAUGACGACUCGGACGACUACGACGAGCGUGAUGUCCAGGCCAGCGUUGGGAAUGACCCUUCCAUCUCCAUGGCUGCCGUUGCCGCUGCAGCCGCCACUGGCCCCUCCAGGCUGAUCGGGGGAUCGCCCGUCUCAGGCUUCAUGCCCAGUGUUCGCGGCUUUGGUUACGGCGCAGGUGGCUUCAAGCCUGGGAUGCCGAACUUCAUCCCUGCUGCCAGCAGCAACGCCAACAGCGACUCAUACAACCACUGCAUGCACCUCCUGCAGCGCUCAGCAGUUAUCAUGAACGAGACGCGCAACUACAUGCUUGAAGGCAACAACUUUGGUCAGUUCAGGCAAUUUUUCCAGGGAGUCGAGGCGUUCGUCAACGCAUACGAGUCACAGCAGGGCUCUGUGGGCGGUAUCUGAGCUUUAUUCCGAUCAAACUGCGUGCCGCAGUGGUAAUGUUGUAAAUGAAUCAGUUGGGCGUGGUAUUGCUGGCACGAACAAAUAAACGAAAUAAACUUUAACCGAUGUAGUAUAAUUUCCCUCUCCGUGACAGGUUGCUC